AUGUCCGAUCACAUAUAUCGUGAAACUUUGUUUCCAUUAAUAUUCCAUGGCUCAGAAAAUGGUGACGGAGCAAUGAAAGAUCGGGAAGAAGGUGCAGAUGGGCAUUCGGAAAAUACGUAUCAGACAGGUGAAUCAUAG